UAUAUUUUUUAUAUUUUUAAAAUUUUAUACAAUGAUCAUUUUUCUUUUAUAAGUUCACCCAGCUGCACUAAGACCGAAGAUGUGAGGCAUCAGGGAAAGAUGCUUAGUAGAAGGACCGUUAUACAAAGAAAGAUUUUUAAAGGGGGAGGGCUGCCUCUUUUGCCCCUCAUUGGAGAUUGCAAAACAGGAUGAACGUCUAUCGGAGUGGGAUAGUUCCAAAUGGAAAAAGGAAUGGAUAAUGUCACUGCUUACGUGCAUAGGCAACCCUCUUCAUCUUACCAAUCUCAUGCACUUUUUCUUUCUUUUGAAGAUUCCUGAGAUUAGGGAGACCUUACAUUUGAGCCUUUGAAUCCAUGGCGGACUCACUCUCCAGCAGCAGCUGUGCUGACACAGAGGGCCACAGCUCUGCAUCGAGCCUGAGCCUCUCUGUGGGCUACUACCCCAGUGAGGACACCUUUGCCUACGAGAACACAGUCUCCCAUGAGGACACAUUUGCCGAGGGUCCCUCAAUCCAUUCUGUCCCUCCUUUCCAAGGGUCAUGGCGGACUGACACUGGAGGGAGACUCCUGGAGAGACAAGACCACAUUCAGGACGACCCAGAGCAAUUCUGCAAACUGAGCAUCACCCUGGCCUGUGAUACUGACAUGAGCUCUAACCAUUCAGACUCCGUCAUCAGCUGGGGUCUCCAUGGAGACAGCCUGUGGAUAAACAAGUACCCCAAAGAGAAGACACAACUGACUCUCAGCAAACUGAAUGGUCUUGUGCAAAAGCUUGAGCAAUUUUUAGAAAAUCAGAGAGAUGACAAAGAUGAUAAGUCUGUGUUCCCUGAACCUGCUCAAAAGGAAGAUAUGCAGCUGUCCAGCAGCACCUCCCCGCACAUGGCGCAGACAAUAAGCCAAACAAGUGGCAGACAAAGAACAGGCACUGCGGAGACCUCCUCAAGCUCAUCAGAUCAGCUGGAGGAGGAGGACAGUCAUGCCAGCACACAAGCCCUCUCCUGCCUCAACUUCAGGUGGGCCUUCCGCUGGCUCAGGCAGCAAGUGCUCUCAUUUUGGGGAAGACAGCACCCCCAGAAGGCCACCGAGGACCCCGGUCAGCCAACACAAAAGAAAAGACUUUCUCACAGAAACAAGAGGAUCCAACCUCAAGAAUCCAUUGAAUUAGAACACCCUGUGCUGCCGGAUUUUAAAACUUGUUGACUGCCCCUGUUCGAUCCCGUGAGUCUGUUUUUUUCCCCAAUAAACAAAACUCAUAUUCUUGUUACCCGUGCCUUCCUCUUCCAGCUCACUGCUGACUUGGGCUGAAAGUGUACAUGUCAUCUAGAAGAUAGAAAUGUAGUCUCUUGGACUUUUAAGGAGUAGGAUUCUUCCUACCAUGAAGGUACUCUUCUCUUCUCCUCUCCCCCUUUCUUAUUGUAUUUACCUCUAUUUUACCAUUAACUUAAACCCCUGUUUUCAGAAGGCAACAGUACAACCCAUCAGGUUCCCAGUGUGGCAGUAUGGUUUCGGCUGAACUUCUGGGGCUCAAGCAAGUGGCAGCAGGAUUGAGUCACCAGGAAGGCCUUCAACUGGCCAGGCUUCAGGUGCUGAGACAGAGG